UCUUCAGGAUAUAACAACGGUAUAAUUUUACAGGAUGUUUUCUAAGUGUAAACUUUUUAUGUUGAUACGCACUGUAGAGUCUCCCUCAUCUUCGGCCAAGACCUCAAGCCCCCCCCCCCUAUGAUCUCCCAAAAUACCCUGGCCUAGAUAGGGCUAAAUAGAUACUGGUUCAUAUUCAGUUCUUCUGUCCAUCAUUUCAGUCAAAAGGGAAAAGCUGGUGGAAAGAAAGGAGGAGUUCAGAAGACGAAGGAUAGAAAAGCAGAGGGAGAGAAAUCGGUGAAGAACAAACUGAAGAAGAUGGAAUCUCUCCCAGAUAACCACUAUGCGAGAGCUGGUGUGGGCGCACAGGAUGAAGUCGAUAUUCAACCAGAACCACUUCAGGAGACCAAACAGAAGAUGCACGCUCUAAUAGACGAAGCCUUCUCAUUGGUCGGCAAGGGAAGUCCAUCUAAAAACGCUGUUGUUCCGUUGAGCGGAGGCCUCUCCAAUAGUCAGAAUCAUAGCAGUAGAGAAGAAGGAAAGAAAACUCCAAGAGAUGGCCAGCAAGAGGUACCCAGGCAGUUGUUUGCUCCAGUCAUACCACCCAUACCAAGGAGAAAACCUAAAGACACAUUAAUUGAUGGGGGUACACAGACAUCAGAGAUGGGCCAGACAACCCGUGUGGUUGUUGUGCCUGUCAGCAAACCACCACAAGAGGGCAGCAGUGUGAUUUGGAACCCCUACACAGCAGGAGACGAGACAGCCAGGUUAUCCCCAUCUCUAGAACCAGCAUCUCUUCCUGGUGGUCUGAACGCAUCUCCAAUCCCUAGCCCCAGGGGUGUAUCAUCCACUCACCAGCAGAGUCUCGUGUCCUCCAGGGAGCGAAGACCCGACGGAGAUAGCCUCCGAGGAACCAAACAGGGCGUGGUCGAACGCUACGCAGACAUGCUCCAAGAGAUGCUGACAAGCCAGCUCCCGCUUCCCCCGGAAGAAGGGGACGACAUCCCAUCCAAGAGCUCCCACAAGCGCGGCGUUGCGCUCCUCGAAGGAGAACCGGACUACGACUGGUCCUUUGACCGCAGCAUCAACGGCUCGCAGAGGUCGGGGUCAAAAACGCGGUCACCGCUCCCGAACAGGACAAAACCAAACGAAGCCGAGAAGGGCUCGGCAUCCACGUCCGUCGAUGAUCAGUUGCCGUCACUUAGCAAGAAGGAGAAGGGGGUUGGUAAGGCGGUGGAUAAGUUUUACGAUGAAUUGGACGUGUCUACGAAUCUGAAAUACCCGACGGGACAGUAUUCGCCUCAGGUUGCAAAUGCGGUGAGGGAAGAACUGAUAAGAUUGACAAGAAGGAUGGGGGAUGGGGAGGAGAGUGGAUUGGUUUGAAUUCCAUUCCCUUUCAGAGUUUUAUUGUUUGUAUGGUUUAUUUCCAAUUCGUCAAAUGCCAGUUUGUCUAAUUGCCAACUCGUCU